UACCACACCACCAGUUAGGCCGUUAGGCCGAACUAAUAUGGCCGUUGACUGUCAAUGGAAGUCGUAGCUGGUUGUAGCUGAAUGCACAGAGCAACAAUAUGUCUAAUUCCACUGGUUCAGAUGUUGACGCAGGCAGUGACGACGAACAACCAGGAAACGUAGCAAGCCCGUCUCCUGCAGCAUCUGUAGCUUCAGACGAUGAGAGACAAAGUGACGCUGACUCGGACGACGACAAGUCCGCGGAUAACCGUAGUGAGGACGAAGAAGGCAGUCAACGAGGAAACGCAGAAGAGGGUAAUCAGAUAGAGUCCGACGCAGAAGGUGAUAAUGAAAACUGUGAUGCAGAAGAGGAGAAGGAAGAUAAGGCCUCAGAUAUUCAAAGUCCUCGUUCCAAAGCAGAUGAUGACCAAGAUGGUCGUCACACCUCGAUGUCAGAUCACAGUAAGGGAGAUGAAGGUAUCGCCGAGGAAGAUGAGAAAGAGGUGACGCGAAGCGAUGAGGAACACGAUAAUGAAUCGGCCAAGGGAGACAGUGAUGAUGAAGAUGGACCAAGCAGUCCAAAGAGGGAUUCUGACGACGGGGACAAGAGUGACAAAGAUGACAGCGAUAAUGAAUCAAACGUCGGAGAGCUGAUUGCCAAUAUUUUUGGAGAAAGUGACGAGUCUGACUUUGAGGGUUUUGGACCCGAGGAUCUUGUGAGCCCCAAGAAGAAAGACAAAGGGAAAAAAGCAAAGAAGACAGUGCUCUCUGAUAGUGAAGACGAAGACGACAUCAAAGAGAAGCCGGUUGAUGUAGGUUCAGAUCAGGUGGAGAAGAAAGCAGAGGAUGAUGAGGACAUGCGGAGAGAAGGAGAGGGUGAAGAGGAGGAAGAGAAAGAAGCGGCACCUGCUAGUGCUGCCCCUAGCAGCGCAAAACCUGCCCCAGUCUCUAGUUCGGACGAUGAAAUGGACGACGCACGGAGGUCAAGGAGCGACUUCAUCUCCGAUUUUGACCUCAUGAUGGCAAAGAAGAAGGAAGAGAGUUCACGAAGACGGCGUCGAAGGGAUGUCGACAUCAUCAGCGACACGGAUGACAUUAUUGCCGACAUCAUUAAGGAAAUGAAGAUUGCGGCCGAUGAAGACAAAGAGCUGAACAAGAACAAACAGGCAGCCACCAAGAAGCUCAAAUUUUUACCCGUGGUGGCGUCCCAGCUGAAGAAGAUGGAUCUGAAAAUUGCAUUCCUGGACCAGGGAGUGCUGCACGUGAUGGCAGAGUGGCUGUCCCCACUUCCAGACAAAAGUCUGCCGCACCUCACCAUUCGAGAGUUCAUGCUCAAGCUCCUUGCAGAGUUCCCCCCUUUAGACCAAGGCAUUUUGAAAUCGAGCGGUAUCGGACGGGCGGUCAUGUACCUCUACAAGCAUCCCAAGGAAACCAAGGAGAACCGCGAGAAGGCAGGGAAGCUGAUCAACGAGUGGGCUCGACCCAUCUUCAACCUCAACACAAAUUACUCGUCCAUUUCGAAAGAGGAACGGGAGCAGAAAGAUUUUGAGCGAAUGCCUCAGAAACGAAAGUUAAGGUUGGAAUCUUCUGAUGAACCCCCAUCUAAGAAGGACAUAGAUAAGGCCCUUACGGGAGAAGACAAGUCGCUAAGGCCAGGAGAAAAGGGGUGGGUCGCCAGGGCUAGGGUUCCAAUGCCGUCAACUAAGGAUUACGUCGUUCGGCCAAAGUGGAAUUGUGAUACUGAAUUUGUAAAGAACACCAAGAAGACGGUGACGAGGCUUGACAGGCACAUGAGGCAGUUUCAGGAGCGCAAGAAGAAAGGGAAGAGCACGAGGGCUGUGACGAUCAGCAUAGAGGGCAGACACAUGGCACUCUGAACUUGUGUAUUACCAACCUUGCCGACCAUCUGAGAAUUACAGUUCUACUUGAUACCAUUUUUUUUGUCAAGUACUUGGGGCUUCCUCGUCACGGCCUUGUGUACAGACCACCCAGAAAUGUAGAUAACUGAGUAUGUAUGUAGUGUGAUCCGACAGAACCAAACUUCCUUGUCUUCCUUGUUUUUAAUUUUAUGCAAUGUUUCAAUCAAUGCGUAGUAUAUGUUCAUAUCCAGAGCCUGAAGUUUUCGGGAAAUAGUUUUUACAAAUUCGGGGGAAAUAAACACGUGCUCUAGCUUCCAGUAUGCUAAAUUCGGGGAGAAAUCUGGCUCUAUUAUUCAAACAAAUUGUACAAAAGGUGAUGUAAUUGUGUUUGCUGCCAAACAAGCUAGUGUGCAUUCCUACAGAUGUUUCAGGGAGGGAAAUUUCGCAGAUAAAAAUCCGGUUACACCCUAAAACGUCAGGCUCUAUUUAUAUCUACAGCCUGUAGUUUUGGGGAAAUUUUUUAUUCCAAAUUCGGGGGGGAAAACUCCCACUAUGCUAAAUUCAGGCAGUAAUCGGGCUCUAUUACUCAAACGAGUUGUACUGGUUUGGUACAAACGGUGAUGUCGUUGUGCUUGCUGCCAAACAAGCUAGUGUCUGUUCAUACAGAUGUUUCAGUUUGCCAGGUAAAAACUGGGUUUCACCCUAAAGUGGCAACCUUCAAUUCGGGGUUCAUAUUCGGGGAAGAAUCGGGUUAAACCCUAAAACUUCCGGCUCUAUUUAUAUCCCGUAGGGUAGCUACAAAUUUUGUAGCUGAGAGAAAUUCGGGUGGUAAUUUCUGUGGAAGCCAUGAUCAACUUAUGGAGAGAGAAGGAAAACGUACAGCCAAUGGCAACAUCUGUAUGGCCCUCAAGCGCAGCUUCGUGCACCAAUGUGUCCUUACUGUAAGCCCUGAGGGUAAUUAAAAUAAAUAAGACUCUCAGGACCACUAGAUUUCUGCAGUCAUGCAGUGCUCUGCGCUGUACCUUGGCCAUCCAUGCCUGUUUGCUCCUUUAUGCACUUGUAGAACUUUGACAGGAAGGAAGCUGACCAAAACAGGAGUAUGUCAGUACCAUCAGAUGAGAUGUUGACUUGUUUCGUUCUUUCCUGGUGCUCAAAUGGGGCACCACAAGCUGAACGUCCUUUACCCAAUCUACAUGUCUGUGUCUCACAGCUAUGACUAUUUGAAUGUCUACAGUUCCACAUUUGUGCAGACCACUCGGUUAAUAGGUAGCAACGUUUCCAAAGAAAAUAAAUGACGCAACUCGA